AAUGAGCCAAUCAGCAGCCGAGAUUGCCUUCCUAUGCUUUCCCUAUGGAAGAACGCCGUCGACUCGCCCCGGGAGAAGGUCCUCGCACCGAAGUGCACCCAUCGACAGCAAUCAUGCCUCGUGCCAAAUUGGUAGACUCCAAGCCCCGCGGACGUAUGUCUGCUUAUGCCUUUUUUGUACAAACGUGCCGAGAGGAACACAAGAAGAAGCACCCAGAUGAAAAUGUGGUUUUCUCAGAAUUUUCCCGGAAGUGUGCUGAACGCUGGAAGACGAUGACUGAUAAGGAGAAAGAUCGCUUCUAUGACAUGGCAGAUAAGGAUAAAGCUCGCUAUGACACAGAGAUGAAGGGGUACAGGGGACCACGUACUCCGCGUGUUAGUCGCAAGCGCCGUAACCGCAAGGAUCCAAAUGCACCCAAAAGAGCGUUGUCUGCCUUCUUCUGGUUUUGCAACGAUGAAAGAGCAAAAGUUAGAGCUGCCAACCCUGACAUGGGAGUAGGUGAUGUGGCCAAGCAACUUGGAGCUGCCUGGAGUAACACACCACCAGAAGCUAAGGCAAAAUAUGAAGCUUUAGCUGCAAGUGACAAGGAAAGAUAUGAGAAGGAAAUGAAAGCUUUCAAGGAGGGCAACUUUGGAGCCAAGAAACACAAGACCAUGAAUGCUCCAAAUGAAGAUGAUGAUGAUGAAGAAGAGAGUGAAAGUGAGGAAGAGGAGGAGGAGGAGGAGGAUGAAUGAAGUUUUUCUGUAGGUUAAGAAUGACCAGAAGUAUUAUAGGAUUUUGUUUGUUUUAGUGUGUAGUAGGUUGAAAUGAAGGGAAAGAAAUAAUUAAUUUGGUCAUAAUUCCCUUAUAUUUGUAGGAUAUAAAUUAUACCGGUAAAGACAAUCCCAAUUUUCUUUAUUGCCUAUGACAGGAAAAUUGUGAAGUACCUUGUCUUAGGAGGCCAACUGUCUUUUAAGUUUCAAAAGCCAAAGAAAAUGGUCUAUUGUAAUUCUUUCAAUAGGAUCUAAAUUAUUUUCAUUUUUGAAACCAGGAAUAUUUAUUUAUCUUUUUUGAGGAAUUAAUUUAUUUAAUGUGAUAGUUUUAGUGACAUGGAAUAUAAACAUGUAUUUUGUUCUGAAUCAUUGAAUGUUGCACAUGUAUUCUUGUAUAUACAUUUUUUUGUAAUGCUGAUGGACCGCAUCAUAGUCCAGAUAAGUCAUGAUCAUUGUUCCAACAUGAUCUCUUGUUUUAUCCCAACCCACUGUCCAUGUCGUAGGUGUGUUUCACCCUCAUAGUUCUUUGUACAUCAUGUCAUUAUCAUUAAG